CAGGCGUGCAUCAAAAAUAGGAUUCAAGGAUAAAAUUAAAAGAAUUGAAAUAAAGUUUCCCCCUAGUGGAAAGCAGAGAUGAUCAUGUGCAUGCGAACAGUCAGUCAGUGAAGCUGGACCUCAGUGAGUCUGUGCGUGAUCGUGGGAGACUCGCAUCAGCUCACUGCCCACUCCACGCCCCCGCAGAGUCUCCCAAACUCUCGGUCGCAGGAGGAGAGAUGAUGUGGGGGAUGUAAGACACGGGGAUCAGCAGACAGCAGCUGGAUUCUCGGGCGAAAACCAGCCGCUCGGAUGGAGUGAAGACAGCAGACAGGCUACACGGUUGACCAGAAUCUGAGCCGGGAUGUGCCAACAGUGCUGAGGCCGGAGGAGGAGAGGGGUGGGGGAUUCUGGGAUUCUAGAGGUGGAGCGCGAGACAUCAUGGGUGAUGGAGGGGCCUUGCACACAGAGGGCAAUGCCCUUCUGAAGGCGGUGUUCCAGGGCAAACUCCGCCUUGCACGCCUCCUCCUGGAGGGUGGAGCCUAUAUCAACGAAGGGAACGAGCGAGGUGAGACGCCUAUCAUAGCAGCCUGUCUGGCAGGAUAUGAUGAUCCGCAGACCCGGCAGAGAAUGGUCCGGUACCUGCUGGAGAAGGGAGCAGACCCAAACAUCCCCGACAAAUCGGGUCGGACCGCCCUGAUGCAUGCAUGUGCAGAACAGGCAGGCAAAGAGGUGGUGUCGCUGCUGCUGGAAAACGGCGCCGAUCCCAGCUUGAAAGACUACUCCGGGUCUUCAGCACUCGUACACGCCAUCAAUAAGGGCGACAGGGACACUCUCCAGGUCCUGCUGGAUGCUUGCAAAGCCAAAGGCAAAGAGGUAAUCAUCAUUACAACCGAUACAUCUCCCUCUGGCACUAAAAAGACCAAACAAUACCUGAACUCCCCACCGUCUCCGGGUAUAGUGGACAAGCUCUCCCCUGCUUGUAUGUCUCCUUCCGAAGUGGAGAUCCAUACCACUGGCUCUGCCCCCAGUGAGGAGGAGGAAGGUAUCUUCAGCUUCGCUGUGACUUCAGCACUCCCACUACCCUCCAGCAGACCACAGGGAGAGAGGAGACCACCACCCCGCAAGCUUCUGAAAAGACUAAACUCUGAGCCCUGGGGUCUGGUGGCUCCUUCUGUACUUGCUGAGAGAGUGGAGCGGAUAGAGGGCGAUUUAGCAGAGGAGGACAAGUUGGUCUCAGAGAUGAAUGGAAUGACAGUUUCCGGUCCAGGCAGACCUCUCCUUUCCCGAAGGCACAGUAUAGAGACCCAUGACCCAUCCUCUCCGAAGCUAAUGGACCGGUCCUGUUCGGAAGACUGUGCAGCACUGUGUGGCUCGUCCUGGGCGGAUAAAGUCCAUCAGCACCAGUCACUGUAUCGUAGAAACACAGCCCCUGAGACUCAGGACAAUGUGGCUCAGGCAUCGACAGGAAUCCGUGGCUUACCACACCCCAAACUCACCCGCAUGGAACACUAUGAGUCGGACACCCACCUGUGUCCCGCCUCCAUCCCUGGAUCUCCAGAUUCUGGACGUGUCUCAGUGGAGCGCCGCAAGUACAAUGCCUCUCCCUUGUCGCUGCUCACUAGCUCUUCUCGAGAGUCUCUGGAGAGCAUUCCCAACUCUGUGUCUCCUAUCACAAUGCGACGGCGUCCAACAGGACUGUUGGAACGGCGGGGAUCAGGGACUCUCCUCCUGGACCACAUCUCCCACACACGACCUGGGUUCCUUCCUCCUCUUAACGUCAACCCCCAGCGACCCAUUCCUGAUAUCCGUGCCAAUGGAAAGCCCACUUCUCCCGUUCACUCAGGGAGCAAGAUCCUGCUGCCGGUUGCACCAUCAUCCCCGAAACGUGGGCCAGACUUCAAGAUGAAGAAGAAACUGAUGAGGAGACACUCAAUGCAGACAGAGCAGAUGAAGCAGCUUUCAACCUUCCGGGAAAUCCUCACAGAAAAGGUUAUGGAGAUGAAUGGAGAUUGAGAGCAAGAGAGAAGGAAAAUGAGAGAGUCAGUGCUGGCCGAGAGGCUCCUCACCGGGUUCAUCUACAUCAUCUUUGAGGGACACCUGCUCUGGUCCAGUUCAGCUCAUUUAACUAACACAUGCAUCAAAAAUAUGCAUUGUGAAAACAAAACCAUCUUAAAAUUCAGAUUAUGAAAGAAAACGAGUCUUGUCACUCAAGAUCAUAAAGGGAUCAGUUCUUACAAAUGAUCUGUUCCAUGUUUUUCGAUGGAGAUCAUUCUAAUGUUUUUAAUUUUGGGGGGAUUAUUCCUUGACCAUUGAGAAUGUGUGAAGAUGAAACCAUUAGUGUCUGUGAAAGUGCUUUUGGUGUUUGAAUUUGCUGCAACCCCCAGAUGAGACCUGACAGAUUUGGUGUUCUACAGGUCUCUCUAUGUAUUAGCGCUGUUAUGGCUAUCAGCUUCCUUCCUGUCAUGCACUGUCAGAAAUUUUUUUCAAAAAUUUUAUCUUUAGGGAUACAACAGCUUGUCAAUGAGGCAGUACCUUUAAUAGGGCAGUACUAGUACCAAAUGUGGAAAUGUAUUAAGGGACAAUAUUUGUGUAUAUACUUUAUAUAAAAGGUGCAUAAUAGUAAUAUGUACACUUAUGGUGUACUCACACUAGGCUCUCUGAACUGUGCCCGAAUGCGUUUUACCCCCAAAGCCCGGUUCGUUUGAGUAGUGUGAUCGCUCCUUACUGUGCCCGGGCACAGUUCGUUUAGCCGUCCCUGGCCCGCUUGGAAGAGCGCGGUUCACAUGCAGUGUGAGCGCUAACCGUGCCGGAGCACGGAACAGCUACGGCGGCAAACAUCUUUAUUACUACUUGGAUAGUACACUUUCCAAUUGCGCUCGGGCUCGGUUCAAGGCAACCAUAUGUGAGCCACUAGGCAACCUAGUGUGUGAGUACACCCUUAAAGUACUACUUUGUAUCUUUUAGGGGUAAAUAAGGUACAAAGAUGACCCAUUAAGGGUUCUACCCCAGUGACAAGCUGCUGUACCCCUAAAGGUACAAUUUUUGCACAUUUUUUUUUUCUGAGAGUGUGGCUCUGUGAUGAUCCUGUGGAAUAAUUGGGUUAAUGUCUUUAAUAUUCCUGAUAAAAUGCUCAUGUCCCUCUGUUUUCCAUUGAUAGCAGCAUCAAAUGGUAUUCAAAACUUAAAGGGAAAUUUCUUCAGCAUUACAAUACAGAUAUACAUUCAAGUCAUUUCAUUAAAAUGUGAAUUUAAUUUAAAGUUGAUUAUUUACUUAUAAAUAAUAGAACAAUGAAGCCUUUUUAAUGUGAUUUUUACUGCUGCUUUUUUGUUUUGGACUGAAUUUUAGUAAUUAUAUGGCCGGUUUCACAGACAGGGCUUAGCCUAAGCCAGGAUUAGGUCUUUGUUCAAUUAGGGCAUUUAAGUAGAUUUUAUAAACUUUCACAAGAAAAAAAACAUUACUGGUGUGCAUCUUGAGACAAAACUAUGGCAGUGACAUAUUUUAAGAUAUGUCAGUGCAAGUUGCUUUCAGUUAAAGCAGUUCAAACAUUUGCAUUUUAGUCUAGGACUAGCUUAAGCCUCUUCUGUUGAAGGCCUUUUAAUUUGGCAAUGGCAACCUUCCGGAUUUUUCCACAGGAUGUACCCUAAAGAGGACUGGAGAUGGCUGACUGCUAAAUAUUCCUGUAACAAAUGAUAGUCUUAGAUGAACAUGUUUCUGAAGAACAUUUUAAUGUAUAAUGAAAGUGCAAAAAAUGUUUAAACUAGAUGAGUAUUUUUAAAGGAAUCAAUUAACAUGAAAACAUAAAAAAACCUAUAUAACAAAUAAUAAUAAUAAUUGUAUCAGUUAAACAUAGGCCUACCGCAUGUUUCAGGGCUUUUGGAUGGGUUGUUUAUCUUUCUUAAACUCUUAUAAGUGAUACAAAAUAAGUGAAGUGCAAUUCUUGAAACUCAAAAUCCCAAAGAAACCCUACAAACCCCAUCCAAAACCAGAGAGAUCCACCCUGACCCCACUCAGUGGAGGGGAGAGAGAAACCCCUCACCUAACGCACACUCCCAUCUGGAGACACAGAGCACAGAUAUUGUGUACAUACUGUACAGAGUACAAUUGUGUCUCAAGCGUUUGAACAUGCAAUAUUCUGUGCUGCCUCAGCACUGAUUUCAUAUUAUUAUCGUGAAUGUGAACAAUCACUCGGACGUGUCUGUGGUAACAUGAUGCUGCGGUAAAUAGUACAAGACGAGCUGGGGUGAGCUCAGUUUACAUUCAGAGGAGGAAUUUCUGCACAAAAUACAUGAGAAUGAAUUUCCCUAACGAGCUGCAGUGCACAGUGUGUCCGUGUCAAACACAUAGUUCAACUCAAGCUUAUGAUGUGAGUGAAUUUAGUGCUUCUGCUUUGAGAUGUUCUACACUUGAUGUGAAUUAACCUUAGUGUACUUGAAAUAUAUCACGAAAACAAAAAGAGGAAUAUUUUUUUAUGCCUGUAGGGUUUUAUUCUUGUUGUUUUUUAUUUUUAUUGAAAUGAAUUUUAAUGUUUAAUACCGAACUGUUGGUGGUGCAAUUUCACUUUGACGGUAGCUUUUGUGUUCCAGGAUGUUUGUAGGAAAUAAUGUAUGAGCAACCGGAGCUCAGCGGCUACAGCAAUCUUCCUGAAUACGGUCGUGAUAAAACCCAUCCGUCUCCUGUUGAACAGACAGACUGAAAUUCAGAUCUCUGAUUACCUAGCUAUUUGUUAUCUUGAUGUAAUUAGGAGAAUCUUGGCACUUUGCUGUGUAUUCAUUGAUUUUAGCGAUUCUCCUCUUUUCAUUUAACACACAAGCGAGAUAACCGAGUCACAGGAGUUUGAUUUGUUUCUAAAUAUGUUUGUAUCUAAAUAUAUCCAAUAUUUCUGACCUGCUGUACAAAACAUCAAUUUAAAUGGGUUGAAAUUGUGUUAAAGUGUACCUGAAAAGAUGUUAAUAGUGUAAAGGGUGUUUUAGGUGCUGUACACAAUGGACCUCUGUCUGUGCUACACUGUCGUUGGGUAGUUUGAGCUGUAACCCAGUGUUCUGCUCUCCAUUCACAUAGAAGGGUCACAGUUACACUAUCAAUGCAUUAUUUAAUGGAUUAUGGAUUAACUAUUUCUUGUUAUUUUGUAUGUUUAGUGUGAUACACAGGUCAAAUGUAGUAAGCCAAAUAAUUUUAAAAAAGUAUUAAAUUAUUUAAAAGUAAAAACA